AUGGUUCGCAGAGUCGCGGUCGUGGGGGCGGGCAGCAGUGGCCUCACCGCCCUGAAGUGCUGCUUGGAGGAGGGCCUGGAGCCCACCUGCUUUGAGCGAGGUGAAGACAUUGGGGGGCUGUGGAGGUUCCAGGAGCAUGACAUCGAGGGCCAGGCCAGCAUUUACAAGUCACUGACCAUCAACACCUCGAAGGAGAUGAUGACCUACAGCGACUUCCCCAUCCCGGAGGACUUCCCCAACUACAUGCACCACAGCAAAGUCAUGGAGUACUUCCGGAUGUAUGUGAAGCGCUUCGACCUGCUCCGCCACAUUCGCUUCAAGGCCCGUGUCUGCCACAUCAGAAAAUGCCCGGAUUUUGCCGUCACCGGCCAGUGGAAGGUCACGACAGAAGUGCACGGGAAGCAGGAGUCGGCCACUUUUGACGCCGUCCUGGUCUGCACCGGCCACCACAUCGACCCUUAUUUUCCUCUGGACUUGUUUCCCGGCAUUGAGAAGUAUAAGGGGGAAAUUAUACACAGCCGGGAAUACAAGGAACCUGCCAAGUUCCAGAGCCGGCGCGUGCUUGUCAUCGGCUUGGGCAACUCUGGGGCCGACAUCGCGGUGGACCUCAGCCACGCCACGAAGCAGGUCUUCCUGAGCACCAGAACGGGCAGCUGGGUGGUGAACCGUGUUUCGGACGAUGGGUACCCUUUGGACGUGGUGCACUUCACGCGCUUCAGGAAUCUGCUGUACCACACGCUGCCCAAAGCGCUGGUCAAUUUCUGGGGAGAGAGUAAGCUGAACAUGAGAUUCAACCACGCGAACUAUGGUUUAAAGCCCCAGCACAGGUAA